AGCCUGUCACCCACCCCUUCUUCCCCGAGCCAGGGGGCCAGGCCCAAAGGCCAGGGAGGUCUGUGGAGAGGACUCAACACGUUCAAACAAGGCCGUGUUUUGCAAUUGCAUUUGCAAAGCAAAUGCAAGGAGUUUGCAAUCUUUCCUCCUCAAAUACCAGCCAGGGGGGAGUCUACCCAUGGACCCAACCCAGAGCAACGCCCAAGCCUUGAGGAGAAAGAGCUGAGGACACAGGGGGAGGGCUGGAAAAGUCUUCCAACUUUUCCUUCCCCACCCCAGCUCCAACAGCUCAAUCCAGAGCCUCCGAAUCCGGCUAUACUCCAACAACUCAAUGUUUGCCCUUGAAUCCAGCUGUUGAUGGGUCCUUGAAACAAAUGGAAAUGUCCAGAGGUUCUCCUAAAAUAAUCCGAGGUGUUUGCAAACUCCUUACAUGGCCGGGGAAACUUGUUGCUGGGGGAAAAAAGCCAGAAAUUUGGGCAAAAACUAAACACUGAGUUGUGGGUGGGGGUUUUUUUUUGGUUUGGGGGGGGCAUUUACCAUCCCAAAACCGCAAGGUUUCCAAGCUGGAAGCAGGCCCUGCAGAGUCGGCCUAUGGAAGGGGACGUGGAGAAUUGUGGGUGGAGAAACACAACCCAGAUUCUGGAGAUGAAGGAGCAGGGGGUGGGUCCUGAAAUCCAGGGUUUUUAAUCAGUGCAGGGAAGAAAAGAAUUUACCGGUGUUGAUGUCUGGCAGAGGAGCAAGUACGGAGAACUGAAGAGAUGUCCGGAGGUGAUGGCAGCCACUGAGAAGACCUGGGCUCCCAGCUCCAGCAUGAUCAGAGCACCAGACUCACUGCUCCCUGCCAGGACCUGACCCUCAGGAAUGAAGCUGGCCGCUAUCCUGAUGCUACAGGCCGUGGCCGUGGCCGUGGCUCAGCACUGCCUCAGCCCCUCGCACUGCUGCGGCCAAGCCGAGGUGGAUGGGGCAGGUGCCCAGCUCAGCUACGGGCAGCCCCGGGCCCUGCGGCCCCUGUCCUGCAAUGUCUCAACUACUCCUGGCCCAGGGCUCAGGUUACCGGGUCCCUGCCAUGCCAACCCCAACGGCCCCCUCAACGCACGGGCCAUCGCCCCCUGGGACUUCUGGGAGGACUGUGACCCCGCACGCUUCCCCCAGCGCCUGCUGCAGGCGCGCUGCCGCUGUCGCCACUGCGUCUCGCUGCGGAAGCCCCAGCGCCAGGACCUGGGGGGCAACUCCAUGCCUGUGAACGUCAACCUCACCGUCUACUACAGACAGCCCUGCCCCGGCCGCACUGGCGCCUUCUACCUCGAGCCGCGGCCCUACCAGGUGGUCGUGGCCUGCGUCUGCCUCCUGGCCAGAUGAGCCCCCCGGGCAGGGGACAGGAUCAGGACCC